UGGGCAGAGCCGAGCGGAGCUCAGCUCACUGCUCACCUCCCAUGGCCGCCGCCGCCGCCGCCGCCGCCGCAGCAGCAGCAGCAGCCGCGACUGCCUUCUCCCGGGGACGGAGGAGCCCGCCCCGCACGCGUCCCGCCGCCGUUACCCCACGCGCCGAGGUCCCCGGCAGGCACCGCGGCCGGGUUGUCCCUGCUGUUCCCAGGAGGAAUGUGCUGUCGACAAUGCUAUCCACCUCAACAGUCCUACUCUUAGGACCAAAGCAGAUCACCCUAGCUGAGACAACCGGCGGUGCAUUCAGGGAGUACAUCGACACAUUUGACGGCUACACCUUCUUGUACCCCAAGAGCUGGAUCCAGGUGCGAGGCGCUGGUGCGGACAUAUUCUUCAGGGACCCCUUCGUCCUCGACGAGAACAUGUCGGUUGAGAUAUCGUCCCCUUCGUCAUCAAAAUACAUCAGUGUUGAGGAUCUAGGCCCUCCAGAGAAGGCUGCGGAGAAGGUUCUGAAGCAGUACCUGACGGAGUUCAUGUCGACCAGGCUGGGAGUUCGGCGCGAAUCGAACAUCCUGUCGGCAUCAUCCAAGGUCGCUGACGAUGGCAGGCUGUACUAUGAAGUUGAGGUGAACAUAAAAUCCUAUGCGAGCAACAACGAGCUGGCAGUGAUGCCGCAGGACAGGGUGCAGAGCCUGGAGUGGGAUCGGCGCUACCUGUCGGUUCUUGGCGUCGAGAACAAGCGGCUCUAUGAGCUCCGGUUGCAGACGCCAGAGCAGGUGUUCAUGCAGGAAGAGGACGACCUCAGAAGAGUCAUGGAUUCCUUCAGGGUCAUCAAGACGGAGUAGUACGGUGCAGACAGUACCAUUUGCUUGCAAAAUAUUGCAAUGCGUUGUAUGAGAGUAGAGCGCAAAAUUUUUGUAUAGCUGAUCUCAUAUUUGUUGAUAAACUUAUCUUGGAUAAGAUAUUUAAGGUUACAUGUACCUUGUCUGCAAUUUGUAAAUCAGUUCAAGUGGAAAUGGAAAACAACAAAUUGAACUA